CCGGGUGAAAGCUGAUUUCCACUUAGUUUCCGGGCUCUAGUUUUUUCGGUUAAGUGAGUAUGACUGUUGCCUGAGGUGUAACGACAGUCUCGUAAAGAGUACGAGCCGCUCACCGGUUCGAGACUCAACAGUAUAAAGAAAGUGGAAAGUGACAUACGUGUACACGUAUAGCGAGCACUCACGGAUUUGGGUUGCUGCUUUGCUGGAGGCCCUGUGUCCAGUUAAUGCAUAAAGUAAAGAAGAUCAGACUGGAUAACGAGACGGUGGCAAGUUGGAAGAGUUGCUCAGUGGCUGGUGAAGGGUUUGAGGGAAUGACUGGGGUAGAUGUUCUCUCGGACAGCACCGAAGUGGUGGAAAUGCAGGAUGUCCCAGCUCAGUAUUUUGUGGAGAAGCAUUCGUGGAAUGGACUGCGAGAUAUUAUUCACAGCAGUCGGAAGUACUCUGGGCUGAUUGUCAACAAGGCACCACAUGACUUUCAGUUUAUACAAAAGAAUGAUGAGAACAGUCCUCACUCCCACCGGUUGUACUACCUUGGAAUGCCUUAUGGCAGCCGAGAAAAUUCUCUCCUGUAUUCUGAAAUACCCAAGAAAGUGCGAAAGGAUUCCCCACUCAUGUUGACCUGGAAGCAGAUGCUGGAUCACUUUCAGGCAACACCUCAGCAUGGUAUGUAUUCUCGAGAGGAAGAACUGCUUAGAGAACGAAAACGCCUUGGUGUCUUUGGAAUUACUUCUUACGACUUUCAUAGAGAAAGUGGACUCUUCCUUUUCCAGGCCAGCAACAGCCUGUUCUUCUGCAGGGAUGGAGGACAAAAUGGAUUUAUUGAAUCUCCAUUAAAGCCAGUGGAGAUUGAAACACGGUGUUCAGGCACUCGAAUGGAUCCCAAGAUUUGUCCAGCUGAUCCUUCGUUCAUUUCGUUUAUUAAUAACAAUGACAUAUGGGUAGUUAACAUUAAGACUGGAGUGGAGCAACGUUUAACAUACUGCCAUAAAGGUUGCGCAAAUGUGGCGGAUGAUCCCAAAUCUGCUGGAGUUGCUACAUUUGUCAUUCAGGAAGAAUUUGACCGAUUCACAGGCUACUGGUGGUGUCCUUCAGCUGUAGAAGGUCCGGAUGGUGGGAAGACGUUGCAGUUACUGUAUGAGGAGGUAGACGAGUCUGAGGUAGAGAUCAUUCACGUUCCUUCACCAGCGCUGGAAGACAGAAAAGCAGAUGCUUAUCGGUACCCCAGAACAGGUAGCAAAAAUCCAAAAAUAACCUUAAAGCUUGCAGAAAUUCAUACGGAUAGUGAUGGAGAGAUCAUUAGAACACAAGAAAAGGAGCUGGUGCAGUCAUUUAAUACUCUCUUUCCUCGAGUUGAAUAUAUUGCUCGCUGUGGUUGGACAAAGGAUGGAAAAUAUGCCUGGGCAGUGCUCCUUGAUCGACUACAGAGGUGGCUACAGCUGGUUCUUCUUCCACCUGCACUCUUCAUCACGGUUGCUCAUGAUGAGACGUUAUUUGUCACACUCUCUAGAGAUGUACCAGAAACUGCCCAGCCUUACAUCAUUUAUGAAGAAGUGACGGAUCUUUGGAUUAAUGUUCAUGAUAUUUUUUAUCCUUUUUUACAAACACAAGAAGAUGAAAUCUGCUUUAUUAGAGGCAAUGAGUCCAAAACAGGCUUUUGCCAUCUCUAUUUGGUCACAGCACUACUUCAGCCAAGUUACCAUGACUGGACACAGCCCUACAUUUUUAAAGAAGAUGAUUUUAAGUGCCCAGUUAAAGAGGAGAUGGCCCUGACCAGUGGAGAGUGGGAGGUGUUGGCAAGGCAUGGAUCAAAGAUUUGGGUGAAUGAGGGCACCAAGCUCGUCUAUUUCCAGGCCACCAAAGACACACCAUUGGAACAUCAUCUCUAUGGUGUUAGCUAUGAGUCUCCAGGCGAAAUUGUCAGAUUAACCACUCUUGGUUUUUCCCAUAGCUGUUCAAUGAGUCAGAAUUUUGACAUGUUUAUUAGUCACUACAGCAAUGUUAGUACACCACCAUGUGUUCAUGUCUAUAAAUUAACUGGUUCUGAUGACGAUCCUUUGCACAAGCAGCCAGAGUUCUGGGCAAGCAUGAUGGAAGCUGCAGGCUGUCCUCCAGAUUAUAUCCCUCCUGAGAUCUUUGACUUUCCCAGUCAGUCUGGCUAUCAGUUGUAUGGAAUGGUUUACAAACCCCAUAACCUUCAACUUGGCAGAAAACACCCUACAGUGCUGUUUAUCUACGGAGGACCACAGGUGCAACUAGUUAACAAUUCCUUCAAAGGUGUAAAGUAUCUGCGUUUGAACACUUUGGCAUCACUGGGUUAUGCGGUGGUGGUGAUUGAUGGACGAGGAUCUUGUCAGCGUGGGCUGAAGUUUGAAGGGGCCCUUAAAAAUUGCAUGGUUGCUGUAGCUGGUGCCCCUGUCACAGUGUGGAUGGCAUAUGAUACAGGGUACACAGAGAGGUACAUGGAUGUUCCUGAGAAGAACCAGCAAGGUUAUGAGACUGGAUCUGUAGCGCUACAUGUUGACAAAUUACCUAAUGAACCAAAUCGUUUGUUAAUCCUACAUGGCUUCCUAGAUGAAAAUGUGCACUUUUUCCAUACGAAUUUCCUGGUUUCCCAGCUGGUCCGGGCAGGAAAGCCUUAUCAGUUACAAAUUUACCCCAAUGAAAGACACAGUAUUCGAUGUCCGGAGUCGGGAGAGCACUAUGAAAUUACGCUGCUGCACUUUUUACAAGAAUACCUCUGAAAACAAGCAACUCUUGAUUCUCUCUGACACUAACUGACCUCAGAAACUUUGAUCGUCACCAGUUUGUCAUGAGAGGGAUGCCUUGGAUUACAGUCUGCUGAAAAGUGGGCUGAUGUCUGGAAAGUUUUAUCCUAUCCCUCGCACUCUGUAGGGGAGAAGGGUGGCUUCUGUGAUUCUCAGCAGUGAGCUCUGUUUGGAAAAACGAAUUCCCUUUUCUUUGCCAUUGCUAACUCAGUGCGGUGGGUGCUUGUUCACAUCCUUUUAAACUGAAAUUGCUGUGGUUCUAACCCUGCUGACCCACAGUGGCCUAGUGUUGUAUCAGAGUUUUCUUAGCAGAACAAAAGAAAUUGUCAUUGUCCUCUGGGAGGAACAAAGGAUUAAAUUAUUUGCUGUGGUUUCAGUAUUUCUUAGCAUAAUUAGGCCUUCUGUUAUGUGUAAAAGUAACCCCCUUUUUUAAAGAUUCUGAAUGGCAGUGUUUAGGCUUUGCUGAAUAAUGUGUGAAAUCUGUUGGCCCUUUGUUUGCAGAAUUGUGAGCCAAAUGCUGAGGCUCAGAUAUGCAUGUGUGCACACCUGCAGAUGUCCGCUUUUCAGCAUCAGGUGUCAUCCACAGUAGAAGGUCCACACUCCUCGUUACUGUUUAUGCAACCAGUUCUACAUGUGCUGGUCCUUGCUUACAAGGAUGCACUAUGAAUGGAGAGAAACUGAAGUCUGUGGGGAAGACAGACUGCCUCGGGAUGCAUUUUGGACAAUCAUCAGAUUAGAGUGGAAAAAGAGAGGACACUAAUAUGCUUUGAGCUUAACCUCAAGAAGUAAACUGCUGUUUAUGUGCCCUUACACUGUAAAUUACCUCUACCCCCACCUCUGAUCCCCACUUCCACUUAAUCAUUUGGCUGAAACUAUACUGAAAGCUGUCACUCCAAUCAUUGCACAAUCUGUACUGGGACAAAAGCCACCAACAAUAGCUGCUUGCCCACGUAUUUUAAGUGUGUAUUAAAAGAAAAUAUUUUUAUGGAUUCCUAUUCUUUUAUAAUUGAGUGUAAGGGGUAGUAACUCAUUAAAAAUAUUGGAAACUUUGAA